UCCGGUGGUGCAGCCGUUUUCGUCAUACUGUGCUCCUUUAAUGCAUCAACGCUAAUUAAAUAUGAUUUUAGGCGGAUUUUACAAAGCUUCAAACCUUCUGAAGUCCAGCAGGGCGUCUUGGAGGAUCUUGACGAGGAAGAUGAGCGCUGAUUCUUCAUCUCUGACCCUUAGAGAGCAACAGGACGGAAUCAGGAGGAUUAUCCUAAAUAACCCUGAGAAGAGGAACGCUCUGUCUCUGGCGAUGCUGGAAUCUCUGAGAGAAAACCUACUGACAGACUCACAAACAGACGAUCUGCGUGUCAUUAUAAUAUCAGCGCGGGGUCCCGUGUUCUCGGCGGGUCAUGACCUGAAGGAGCUGACGGCCGCUCAGGGCAGAGACUAUCACAGCAGGGUGUUCCAGACCUGCUCAGAGGUCAUGACCCUGAUUCAAGACAUCCCGGUGCCAGUCAUUGCGAUGGUGAACGGUAUCGCCACAGCAGCGGGAUGCCAGUUAGUUGCAAGCUGUGAUAUUGCUGUAGCGUCGGAUAAAUCAUCUUUCGCUACUCCUGGAGUCAACGUGGGCCUGUUCUGCUCCACACCAGGAGUAGCGAUAGGACGUGCGGUGCCCAGAAAGGUUGCCAUGGAGAUGCUGUUUACGGGCCAUCCCAUCUCGGCUCAGGACGCGCUGCUGCACGGGCUUGUCAGUAAGGUGGUGUGUGAGGAGCAGCUGGAGGAAGAGACACUGGCCAUCGCCCGGCGGGUGUGUGAGUGCAGCCGGCCCGUGGUGGCUCUGGGGAAGGCCGUGUUUCACAGACAGAUGGCUCAGGGCCGGGAUGCAGCCUACGCCUCUGCUGCCACCGCCAUGGUGGAAAACCUGACGCUGCAGGAUGGGCAAGAGGGCAUCAGGGCGUUCCUGGAGAAACGCAAACCUGUGUGGAGCAACAGCACUGAAAAAAGCCACACGUGACUCCAGAUGCUGUCGACACAAACAAACUCGUGACUCUGUGCUGACUGAAACACUCAAACAGAAGCUCAAGUCUAUGCAGCUUUAUUCAGUUUUUUUUGUGCCUCAAACACAUAAACAUCUUAUCAUCUGUAAUGCCUUAACAGGCAUAAAAAUAAUAAUAAUUAUAAUGAUUUGAAUUAAAAAAAGACUAAAAUAUAUCACUGUGUACUGUAAAAUAGAAAAACAACAAUAAAUGAUAAAUAAAUACAUUAUAAAACAAUAAAUAAUAUUAUCAAACAAUGUAAUAUAAUAAUUCUUAAUAUUUAACUCUAAUUAUAAAAAAAAAUGAACUGAAAUAUA